AUGCUCAAUGUGAAAGGUGAGUGGCUGCAAAUCUCCUGAACUUUUACCUGGCACACACUGUAUUCUCAUUGUUCUCAUUCUCUUUUCUUCUGCUCUUUCUUCUCUCUCUCUACUUCUCUUCUCUCUGUCAUCUCCUCUCUCCCCUCUCUCUCUCUCUCUCCCUCUCCUCUCCUCUCUUCUCCUCUCUCUCUCUCUCUUUUCUCCUCUCUCUCUUCUCUCUUCUCUCUCUCUCAUCAUCUCUUUAAUCGUUCCUCAUUCAUUUUCCAUUCUCUUUUCAUUCCUUUACAAAACUCUACAUUUCUUUCCUCUUUUCCUCAUACAUUUUCUCAUUCCAUCAAGUUCCCUCUCUCUGUCUCCUCUCUCCCCCUCUUCUCCAUGUGUUGGUGAGCCCUUCUUGUCUCUGUGUGGUUCUGUGUUCCGCUGUGUGGUUCGCUGUUGACAUAACCCUGCCUUGGUUCUCAUGGUUACACAUCUCUACACUGAUCGAAGGUCUGCUUUUGAAAUAAACAAAAGCUGCUGUAAUGUCAUAGUCUGGAAAGUAGGGUGUAUUUUAUGUUCUCACAUUCCCAAAGAACAGUUGUAUUCUUUCUAGAAAUUCAACCAGCAUAUAGUACAAUUAUAAUACAAUACAAUUUUCACUGCUUAAAUUGAGUUUUUUUCCUUUUUUCUUUGUCAAAAUAACUGGAAGAGGGGAAGCUUGUUGCCCUGUUAAUAGCCUGUCAAAUUAGUUUGAUGAUUGACACGAUUUCCACUUCUGUGAACCAUUAUUUGGUGUCCUUCCUCUCCAUAGCUUGACUGAAAGAUAGAAACAGAGCUUACAGCACGGAGGAAGACAAGUAUAAUGCCUUUGAUGACAGGAGGAAAUGAUUGUGCCAAUGUUGAGUAUCAUGAGAGAAAGAGAGAGUCUUUUGAAGGAACAGUGUUAACAUUUGGCAUGUUUUAGCAUGCCGUCUCAGUGCUGUGCCAGUAUGCUGUUGGCCAGGAGGCCUAAUGUGAAUAUUUGCUUGCCUACUUCAGUGGCAUCACUUUUUAUGUGUGCUGCAAACACAUUGUCUCCGCAAGGAGAGAAGAGUAAUAGAAGAUAGAGAGAGCCAUGUAUCUCCAUUCCCACAAAUCGAACCGUAACCCAACCCUUUGGCACUUGAAUUCAAUUGAUGUAAACAAUAUGUAAUAUGCAAAACAAUCCACUUAACUUGGGUUCGAAGAUCAAGCUCGAUGACACUUCCCAAAUCCAAGGUUCAUAACAUAAGAACAGGUAUAAUUUCACCCAAAUAGUCCUAUGUGUGACUCUUUCUGUCUCUCUCUCUGUUCACCUCUCUCCCUCAGAGUCAAUAACAUUCCCAAUGGCCAAUGACAGUGAUUUCAAACUUUCUUCCGACUCAUCCAUCUCCUUCCUUGAUGUCUUCAAUGACACAGAGAUCGAAGAUGGCAGCAUUGUCCUAUUCUCCAACAGCACUGUUGAGGAACCCAGCAUUGUGAGUAACAUUGCCACCACAACCAUUGGAGCCCUCAUCCUGGGCCUGGUCUUCCUCCUUGGCGUACCGGGGAACCUCUUCAUCAUCUGGAGCAUCCUGGCCCGCGCCCGCCAACGCUCCGUCACCACCCUCCUCAUCCUCAACCUGGCGUGCGCCGACGGCUUCCUCAUGUGCCUCACCAUCUUCUUCAUCAUCUAUUUGGCUAGGCAGAACUGGGACUUUGGCAACUACAUGUGCAAGGGGGUGUUUUACCUGUGCAACACAAACAUGUAUGCCUCCAUCUUCCUCAUCACGCUGAUGAGCCUGCACAGGCUGGUGGCAGUGGUGUGGCCCCAUCGAGUGGCGGCCCUGGCCAGCAAGAAGAUGGUAGUGCGGGCAAUAGCUGUGCUCUGGGUCCUGGUGUUCUUCAUGGCUAUCCCUGCUCUGGUGUUCAGGGAGGUGAGGGAUGAUCAUGACGAACAGAACAAAACCCGACUGGUGUGUGCCUCAGAUCACCGUCUGCCUCAACAUGUAAGUUUAAGAGAUAAGUGAAUAUUAAGUUAAUAGUGGAGUUAGAUACAUAAUAUAUUGUUCUGGUUUAAGUACAUUGUUGUUUAGGAUUGGGAAGAGGUUUAUAUGUUGAUACAGGUACAGUCAUGAUAUGACUAAUAAGAUCAUAAAUCCUAGCCAAUCCUACAUUUUUGCUCGAGAUCUUGUUAUGACAGAUUCAUUCAUGUUCAAAUAAGCCUGGUAUUCCACUAUGCUAUCAUUACAUGUGUGCAGUUGAUCGUUACCUCAUUUUUCAUGUUCAGGUGGUGUUCCAGUACACCUUUGAGACAGUAUUGGGAUUUCUGGUUCCGUAUGGGAUUAUAGUGAGCAGCUAUGUCUGCAUCCUGAGACGCCUCAGACAGACCAAGUUCCGUCGCAAGAUCCGCAGUGAGAAACUCAUCCUGGCCAUCGUUGUGAUGUUUGGCAUCUUCUGGUUGCCCUAUCACGUCAUCAACAUAAUACAGGUGUGUGAUCAUAUGGGAUUGGUUGCUUUGCCAUUUCACUCAGAAUGUGGAGAGUAGCAUAGGAAGUUGUGCUAUUUUACAGUGAAGGAAUGAAUGAAAGGUUUUGCUCUGUGGUUGUCUCUCCUAGGUGGUGGCUGAGCAUUUUGAAGACGGUUCACCAAUGAAAAAGAGGUAAGUGCUUACCAACUGACCCAACAUUUUCCCCCUCCAUUUUAUAUAACAUAAGCACCACCAUACAAUGACAGUAAAAAGACUGUAACGGCAACAUGAACUGUAUCCCUCCCUCUGCAGACUAUAUAGGAUAUGGCAGCCCAGUCGUGCUGUGACCUCUGCUCUGGCCUUCAUCAGCAGCUGUGCCAACCCCAUUCUCUACACAUUCACUGGGAAGUCCUACAUCAGAGAGGAUGGCAUGGCCUUCAUGGCUCGCCUCUUUGAAGGGACAUCUCUGGACACUGGGAUAAGGAAGGGCCGGCAGACAACCAGGGACAGGGAGGGAAAGGGACUCAAAGAUAUGUUGUCUUUCAGCAGCACUGGGGAAAAUGCUGUGAUGAAUGGAAAAUAG